ACAGAUGCUCGAAACCCGUCCUCGACAAUUACCAGGUACCUACCAGCUGGGGAUGCUUCUCUACGCUAUAUCAUGCAACGGAAUGGUCAUGUAGUAUCGAGGUCCUCGAGGAAGCCGGCUUCUUCGUCAACCUCAGCAACGAGUCGUGCGAAGCGCACGCUGACAGAGGAUUCGGUCACUGCGUGUAUACAGUUCGAUUACGACUCUGGCGUGAACUUCAUUGAAGCCGUUGCGCAACUUCCAAAGCAUUCUUUUGCAUCAAGCUUCUCCUCUUCGUUGGAAGCUAAGUCGCCGCUCGAAGCCUAUAUUGGACACCGGGAUCAUGCAGAACUUCCACCACCCUCCCUGUCGUUUUUGGCUGCACAUGCCUUGGCGGUGAACAUAUCUUACCUGAGCGUCGACCAUCUACGGGAUAUACCAUGGCAUAAUUCGGGUUAUCGUAUCUGGGAAAGACUUACCGACUCUCAGCUUAUCAAUCUUCAAGCCUGGAAGACUUUCGCGACCGUAUACGGUACCGUCAUUCCAAACCGGAGCGAAACACUAACACCGUCUGCCCGCAUCUCGAUAUUUACCCACCUUAUUUGGGCACCAGCAUCUGCAUUCCUUACGGUACUUGAUCUCUCCGCUUUCCCGACCCUUGCCAACAACACAACUGAGUUAGUCUCCCUGGCACACCUCCCCAACCUUGCUGCACUCGAUAUCUCAGGGAGUGCAGUUACAGACUCAACCUUCGCCAACCUCGCCCGGGCAGCAUCGGAAGGGAAGUUUGCGCAACUUACAUUGCUGUGCGUUAGCAGGUGCAAAUCUAUCACGGACCGUACUGUCGUUAAGCAUCUGCCUCAUUUCAAGGCACUAAGGGUAUUGGAGUGUGAGAACACAUCGAUCAAUGGGGACAUUCUCGAGCGGACGGAUUGGGAGCGCAAAAAAUGGCCUGAGGGCGAUAUCCCGUCUUUGCAAGCGAAGUACUGGGACUGCCUGCCGAUCGCGAGAGAUGGUGUGCCUUUGCUGGAGGUACGUGCCGAAGUACCUAGACAGUUCGGAAGGAACAUCGGCAAGAAGAGCGCGACGAAGAACGUUGUAUUUUGUUAUAUGAGACGGACGAUACUCGUUGCUGUCACUAAACAAGAGAGACAAGAGCCGGCGAAGUCAAGACCACCCCCAACUUCCGAAAGGGCUGGGGUCAAGAUGAAGAAGCAGAAGGUCAACAUGGACGUACUCUUUGGUUUGAAAUGAUUAUAUUAUAUAAAAUACCCUGUAUGCCCGAAUAAAACCAGAAAAAGGUACUUGAAACGCCAAGAUUCCC